AUGGGGAACACACCGUCAAAUACUCGCGCGCCGCACUCUCAUACAGCCUCUCCCUCCGGCUCCCUCUCCCCCUCGAGCCAUGAAUCACCGCGAGCACCAUCGCGGAGGGUGAUCCAGUCGCAGCGAGCUGCUCCUCCUGAACCGUCGCUGGCUCAAGCACGCGGUACCACAGUCACUACCACAGCUCAUCGCCCGCGCCAGUCGCAAACCAUCCCCUCCGCGGCCCUCAACCUCACGCAGUCGAACCAGAGCACCCAAAGCAGCCAGAGUCCCCUCUCUCCGUCGCCCGCACAGCAAAGUAGCGACUCGCAGAUGGGCGCACCACAAUCGCGACCAGAUCCGAAACUCGAUACUCGCGACCAGCCGAGCAAACCAGUCGACGUGCCCGUACCAGCACCCAGUCUCGACACUUCCUCUCUUAGAUCGUAUUCCCAGUCAGUCGAACCUUCCGGCCCCUUGCCACAAGACAUGUCGUACCACCUCACCCGCCCGCCGAGGCUACCCCUUCCUAUCGAGGAAGAGGUUCAUACCCCGGGCUCACCAAUAAUUGCACCUCAAGAUACCGAUAUUCCUCCAUUAGAUUCAGAAUCACUCGAUCAGGAUACGCUGCCACGACGUGCAUCGGCCCUGAGCAACACGACGAUUGACGAAGAAGACGCAGAAGAACUAAGGGUAGACAAGACCAAGGCCACUGUCCCGACAACUCUUGAGUGGUUGGAAGGCAAAGGAGGCGAGAAGGUCUAUGUCACAGGCACGAUAUUCCAGUGGAAUAAAAAGCAUCGGCUUCAUCCAGUCCCUGGAGAACCUGGUCACUACCGGUCAUUUAUUCAGGUCCGGCCAGGCACCCACCAUGUGAGAUUCAUUAUCGACGGAGUGAUGCAAUGCUCGAAGCAUCUUCCGACCACUGUGGAUUUUGGGAACAAUUUGGUCAACUACAUUGAAGUCAGCCCGGAUGACCUACCAAAAUCAGUUCCUGUAGACGACGUUGGAAAGGGAACGCCAGUUAAGGCUCUCGACGACCCCCUCAACAAGGAGCCAGAACAAACUGGUGACCAGAAGUCGGAAGCCCCCAAGCCUGUAAAGACGAAACCAGCAUUGGCUGGCGGCCAUUAUUCCUCUCAAAUACCCCAAUACCUUGUUGAUCUUGACAAGGAAGAAGGAUCUGCCGCUUAUCAAUAUGCGGCUGCAGCUAUCGAGAAGCUACCUACUCCACCAACUCUACCAGGGUUCUUAGGCAAACCAAUACUGAAUGCUGCCACUCCCAUGAAGGACGACAACAGUGUUUUGACAAUGCCCAAUCAUACCGUUCUCAACCAUCUAGCAACAAGCAGCAUCAAGAACAACGUUCUUGCCGUUUCUGCUACCACAAGAUACAGGAGAAAGUACGUAACGACUAUCAUGUACAAACCUACUGUAGAUAACGAGUGA